CUGAGGCCCCCAGCAAUGUCGGUGGCCUUUGUACCUGACUGGAUGAGGGGCAAGGCGGAAGUUAAUCAAGAGACUAUCCAGCAGCUGCUGGAGGAGAAUGACCAGCUGAUCCGCUGUAUUGUGGAGUAUCAGAACAAGGGUCGAGCCAACGAGUGUGUCCAGUACCAGCAUGUGUUACAUAGAAAUCUCAUUUAUUUAGCUACCAUCACAGAUGCCAGCCCAUCCAGUAGUUCAAAAGCAAUGGAAUGAUCUUUCAGUUGUAAGGAGUAAUUGGAUGUAAUCCAUUUCCUAUAAAAUGGAGACAGGAUCUUUACCAGCUCAACUGCUUAAAACAUGAAACCUCUGUGGUUCUUUGAAAAAAUGUGAAAAUGUGAAGAAAGCUACUAUCUUAACUAUAUUCUCAAUGUAAAUAUUUAUUAAUAAUUAAU